GCACCGGAGCCGGAGCCAGAGCUCCCCGGGCGGGCCCCGCACCGCAGCCGCGGCCGGCGGCCCUCGGGGCGCGACUCCCGCCGCCCUUCUUUCCGCUUCAACCGGCGGAGCUCGGCCGAGCUGGAGCUGCUGGGAUACCCGGCACCGGGCGGGGAACGCGGGGGGUCGCCGCCGCCGCCGCUGCCUCCGCCGCUGUUGGUCGCCGCCGGUCGCCGGGAACCGGAGGAGACGGAGAGCGAGGAGGUGGAGACCCGCGCUGUCGCCACUUCCCCCGACGGCCGGUUCCUCAAGUUCGACAUCGAGAUCGGGCGCGGGUCCUUCAAGACCGUCUACAAGGGGCUGGACACGGAGACCACCGUGGAGGUGGCCUGGUGUGAGCUGCAGACGCGGAAGCUGUCGAAGACGGAGCGGCAGCGGUUCAGCGAGGAGGUGGAGAUGCUGAAGGGGCUGCAGCAUCCCAACAUCGUCCGCUUCUACGACUCCUGGAAGUCGUCCAUCAAAGGGCAGAUCUGCAUCGUGCUCAUCACAGAGCUCAUGACGUCAGGCACCCUGAAAACCUACCUGAAGCGGUUCAAGGAGAUGAAGCUGAAGGUGCUGCAGCGCUGGAGCCGGCAGAUCCUCAAGGGGCUUCAUUUCCUGCACACCCGCUCGCCCCCCAUCAUCCACCGCGACCUCAAGUGCGACAACAUCUUCAUCACCGGCCCCACCGGCUCGGUCAAGAUCGGGGACCUGGGCUUGGCCACACUUAAAAGAGCCUCCUUCGCCAAGAGCGUCAUAGGCACCCCCGAGUUCAUGGCACCGGAGAUGUACGAGGAGAAGUACGACGAGGCGGUGGAUGUCUACGCCUUCGGGAUGUGCAUGCUGGAGAUGGCCACCUCAGAGUACCCCUACUCUGAGUGCCAGAACGCUGCCCAGAUCUACCGCAAGGUCACCUCGGGCCUGAAGCCCAGCAGCUUCUACAAGGUGAAGGUUCCGGAGCUGAAGGAGAUCAUCGAGGGCUGCAUCCGCAUGGACAAGAACGAGAGGUACACCAUCCAGGACCUGCUGGAGCACUCCUUCUUCCAGGAGGACACGGGGGUGCACGUGGAGCUGGCUGAGGAAGACGACGGCGUCAAGUCUGGGCUCAAGCUCUGGCUGCGCAUGGACGACACGAAGAAGCUGCACGGCAAGUACAAGGACAACAACGCCAUCGAGUUCCUCUUCGAGCUCUACAAGGACGUGGCGGAGGAGGUGGCCCAGGAGAUGGUGGUCCUGGGCUUUGUCUGCGAGGCUGACUACAAGCUGGUGGCCAAGGCGGUGCGGGACCGCGUGGUUGCCAUCAAGCGCAAGCGGGAGAAGCUGAAGCGUGCCCAGGAUGUGCCAUCACCUGCGGAGCCGGAGCAGCCACCGGGCGUCCUGCGGCUGCUGGAGGAGCUCAAGUCCCCACUGCCACCCGGUGCUCCUGCCCCCACCACGGCCACCCCCGGCUCCGGGGAUUCCGUCUUCAGCAGCACCUUCCCCCCGGAGCCUGAGGAACCCGAGGCCGACCAGCACUUCGCCUACCGGCACACCAGCUACUCCUCAGCCACCUCCGACUGCGAGACGGAUGGCUACCUGAGCUCCUCUGGCUUCCUGGACUCCCCAGCCCCGGUCCAUCGCAGCUUCUCGGCGGGGGACCCCACCAGCCCGCCCCCCGCCCGUCCUGCACGCUGCUUCCCCACGAGCAUCGCGGUGCAGCUGCCCACCGAGCGCCUUCCCCCCGCCAGCGGCUUCUCCUCCCCGGUGGACAGCUAUGCCUCGGACGUGGCAUCUGGCAUGAGUGAUGGCUACGAGGGGCUCUCGGCCAGCGAGCGGGGCACCGAGCUGCCACCCAAGAGAGCCUCGGGGAAGCUGCUGCGGCGCCGAGCCCGGUCCCGGCUGCGCAUCACCAACAUCUCCGACAAGAACGACCGGGUGGUGGAGUGCCAGCUGCAGACCUACAACAACAAGAUGGUCACCUUCAAGUUCGAUCUGGAUGGGGACAACCCGGAGGAAAUCGCGGCCGUCAUGGUCCACAACGAGUUCAUCCUCAAGUCGGAGCGGGACGGCUUCAUCCACCGCAUCCGGGACAUCAUCCACCGCGUGCAGACCCUGCUGCACAAGGACGGCCACAGCACCACCGAGCUGCCCGAGAGCCCUGAGGCCGAGCGUGGCGUGGGGAGCCCUGCGGAUCUGCAGCUGCAGGAGCUCUCUCGUUCCAUCUCCUCCUCAUCCUCGCUCAGUGACCUGGGCUGCACCAGUCCCAGCCUCUCGGUCCAGUCGCCCGUCCUGCCGUCGCUGAGCAGCUCCGCGUCGGAGAACGACGGUGCCAGCCCCACGGGGACACCGGCAGCUCCAGCCCGGGAGCUGCGGCCGAUGCUGCCGGGCUCCCCUGCAGGCUCUGUCCAGACCUGGCCCCUCGUCUCGACAGCUCCCUCUUGGCUACCAGCAUCACCAGUGCUCCCAGUGCUCCCACAGACCCCCCCGAGCACCCCGGGGGCACCUGUCCCACCGGCCCUGCCCCAAGCCCUCCUGUCCCCGCUACCGCUCCCCACAUCCCCUGUGCCCAGUGGGCCCAGCAGCCCCCUGAGUCCCCCUGUGACCAGCGCACCCUGGUCCCCCACUGCCCCCCUCCUGUCCCUGGCCAAUGUCUUCUCCCUGGCAGUGAUGAGCGUGGCACACACACUGCUGCCUGCCGUCUCCUCCAUCGCCAGCUCAGGCGGGCACUUCUACCCCCCGCUGCUGCCGCGGCCGCAGAACCUCGUCCUGGGGCCCCCACGCUUUGUCUACCCUGACCCUGCCAGCAUGGCCAAGCCAGCCCCAGCCUCUGGUGGGACCCUGCAGUCAGUGGGGGCCAAUGUCCCCACUGCCAGGGGGCCAGUGCCAUUCCCUCCCCCGGCACCGGCCCCACCGUGCCCCACAAGCAGUGAGGCCACGGGGAGUCCCCUGCCAUUGCUGACCACGUCCACCCUGGGGAGCCCAGAGGGCAGCACGGUGCCACCCGGCUCCCCCAGACCCAGCCACCCCCUCAUCAUCUCAGAGUCACCAGCACCCAGCGUGCCCAAGGCCCAGCUCUCGCCCAUCAAGGAAGCAGAAGCCAAGCCACAGAUCCUGGGCCGGUUCCAAGUGAUGCCAAUCCGGGACCCGGUGGUGACCUCCCCGGAGCCGGGCAGCAGCGGGGGCAGCAGCGGGGGCAGCAGCGAGGGUGAGCAGUGCGGCGCGGAGCCGGCAGCGAGCGGCACCCCCCUGCCCGCGGCCCCCGACACCCAGAGCAGCUCCAGCAGCGACUCAGACUCGGCGCUGGAGCCGGUGCAGCAGGACGCCGAGGCUGAGGAGGGGACGGUGGCACCGGCGGAGAGUGACCGGGAGGGCGGCGGGGAGGAGGGCACGGAGAGCGCCCCCCAGGCCGUGCUGAGCCAGGUGUGGCUCAACUACUCCCGCAGCUUGUCCUACCUGAGCAGUGAUGACACUGAGAGCGAGGAUGAGGAGAUCUGGGAGGAGCUGCAGAACCUGCGCCAGAAGCACCUGGCCGAGGUGCAGCUGCUGCAGAGCACCCAGAAGAAGGAGAUCGAGGAGCUCUACCUGCGGAUGGGGAAGCAGCCGCCGCUGGGCAUCGUCUCCCCGGCCGCCAUGCUCUCCAGCCGCCAGCGCCGCCUCUCCAAGGGCAGCUUCAACCCCUCCCGCCGCAACAGCCUCCAGCGCCUGGAGCUGGCACAGCCCCCAGGGAUCAUGCGCCGUAACUCGCUGAGCGGCAGCAGCACGGGCUCGCAGGAGCAGCGCCUCAGCAAGGGGGUGACCUUCGCCGACGACUUUGGCCGGAUGCCAGCUGGCCAGGAGUAACUUCAUGAACUACCUCAACCAAGUGCCUGCUGCCCCAGGAGUGGGCAAGAGCCCCUGCAUCCCCUGAGAGGGCAGUGCCAGGCCGGGGGGCAGCCAGCACCCUCGGACGAGCCAGCUGGGUGCCCCCCCAGGAGCCCGGCGCCCCCCUUCUUGCCUCUGUGCCUCUGUCAGCAGGAAGACAGGCCCGUCCUACGCUUGUCCUCCCAUCCCCUCCCUCCUUGUGCCCCCCGAGUCCCUUCCUGCUGUUCCCAGCCCCUUUGCUGCCCGAGCUGCAGGAUGCCUGCGAGGUGCCACCAUCUUCUAUGGCUUUAUCCGAGCUGAACCCACGCAGCCAUCACCCUGCCCUCAGCAGAACCAGCCUCUCUCCACACCCCUGUCAUGAUACACCCCCACCCCUGUCACGAUCCGUCCCCACCCUGCCACCACACCAUCCUCCAGCCCCACUCCCUGCGUGGGGCCCGACCCGCCGCCCCGGGGCUGCCCUCGCUGCCGCCCUCACCCCUCUCUGUGCAGGGAGAUGGAGCCGCCGCGGAGCCCCGGGCCCUGUCAGGCAAUGGGGCCGGUGCAGCUGGAAGGGCAGUGGGUGCACUUUGUUACAAACUGAUGCCUGGAAAGUGUUUUCAUAAAUACAAAUUAAAUACAAAAGGG